UCCUCUUCUCUCGUCUACGAGAAUGAGUUGCUUUAAUGGGCGGGGACAGUGGAGAAAACACAGCUAGCUACUAGAACGAAUGUGAGACGCGGUCCCGUGCGAGCGUGCUUGAUGUUAUUUUUGCAACAAUAAUCGAGAAACAGGAGUCAUAAUGGGGAACUGCUACACAGUUGGACCAAACGAAGCGCUGGUAGUAUCAGGUGGCUGCUGUGGCUCGGAUGAGAAGGUCUACAGAGUGGGGGGAUGGGCCUGGGCGUGGUGGCUCGUCACAGACAUCCAGAGGAUAACCCUUGAGAUUAUGACCCUGCAGCCCAAGUGUGAGGAUGUAGAGACAGCCGAGGGCGUAGCUUUAACUGUCACAGGAGUGGCACAGGUGAAGGUCACUUCGGAUGAGGAGCUGCUGGUGUAUGCCUGUGAGCAGUUCCUGGGCAAAACGGUGGAUGACAUCAGGAGCGUGGUGCUGCAGACUCUGGAGGGUCACCUGCGCUCCAUCCUGGGCACGCUGACAGUGGAGCAGAUCUACCAGGACAGGGACCAGUUUGCCAAGCUGGUGCGGGAGGUGGCCGCCCCAGACGUGGGCCGCAUGGGCAUUGAGAUCCUCAGCUUCACCAUCAAGGAUGUGUAUGACAAAGUAGAGUAUCUGAGCUCACUGGGAAAGACCCAGACUGCUGCGGUGCAGAGAGAUGCAGACAUUGGCGUGGCAGAGGCAGAGAGAGAUGCCGGCAUCAGGGAAGCCGAGUGCAAGAAGGAGAUGAUGGACAUCAAGUUCCAGGCCGACACCAAGAUGGCCGAUUCCAAGCGAGAACUGGAGAUGCAGAAAGCGUCCUUUAAUCAGGAGGUCAACACAAAGAAAGCAGAGGCCCAGCUGGCCUAUGAGCUGCAGGCUGCCAAGGAGCAGCAGAAGAUCCGAUUGGAGGAGAUCGAGAUCGAGGUGGUGCAGAGGAAGAAGCAGAUUAGCAUCGAGGAGAAGGAGGUCGACCGCAUGGACAAGGAGCUGAUCGCCACCAUUAAGAGGCCCGCCGAGGCAGAGGCCUACCGCAUGCAGCAGGUCGCAGAGGGACAGAAGGUGAAGAAGGUGCUGACGGCGCAAGCGGAGGCUGAGAAGAUUAGGUGUAUCGGUGAGGCGGAGGCGGCGUCCAUCGAGGCCGUGGGCAAGGCGGAGGCUGAGAAAAUGAGGCUGAAGGCCGAGGCCUACCAGCAGUACGGGGAGGCCGCCAAGACGGCCCUGGUCCUGGAGGCCCUGCCCAAGAUUGCUGGUAAGGUGGCGGCCCCGCUGGCGAGGACCAGUGAGAUUGUAAUCCUGAGUGGAGAAGGAAACCGCGUCACCGGAGAGCUGAACCGGCUGCUGGCAGAGCUGCCUGUCUCUGUCAACGCACUCACUGGAGUCGACCUCACCAAGAUCCCACUCUUGCAGAAGAUGGCCAGUGCCCAGGCAUAGAGGCGCUGCCUUCUCCCUCUCCCUCUCUCUCUCUCUCUCUCUCUCUCUCUCUCUCUCUCUCUCUCUCUCGCUCUCUCUUUCGCUCGCUCUCCCUCUCUCUCUCGCUCUCUCUCUCUCUCACACCUGCCUUGUACACUUCAAAACAGCUGUUCUCGCUCUCUUUACGGAGCGUCAGAGCUUUUCAUUAUACUUCACCUUGAGAUCCUUAAUGUUAGUCGAAGGACCACAUAAUCUGCAUGUUAUUCAGUUUUGCCAUUUAAUUUGAAGUUCAUUUUCAUGUUUGUGUUUGUUUGACUAACAUAGAUCUGUGCGUUCUGCAUGGCAUGGAGAGCCACUCUUUAUUAUUAAAAUGUGAACUUGUCAAGUAUGGAGCAAGUUUUACAUCGAGUGAGCUCAAGGUUUUUUUCUUGUGUCUGUCUGUUACUGUCUUUACGACACCGAAGAUUUCAGUGAAAAUAGAAACUGCCACUCAUCGUCUUCUAAAGAAAAAGGGACUAAAAAUGUACUGUUGUACAGCACCUUGAGGUAGACGCUGAACAGUGAAGGCAAAAUGGAUUCAUUAGUUACAAUCCAGGGAUUCCAAAUGACUGGGUUUUAUCUGUCCAAUUCCGGUUAUUAGCUUGGUGGAUGAUUACCUGGUUGAAUUGGACAGGUAAGACAAGGUCAUUUGGUGUAUGUGGCCCUAGAUUGUAACUACGUAAUGAAUACAUUUUGCCCAUCACUGACACAGAGGUAUGGUUUGAGAUGGCCAUCGCCAUACAGGCCCUUAUGUAGUCGAUGCACACUAACGCGGCUGCAAAGCCACGCUUCGCCUGCCUUUAUGCACGGAUGCACAACAAAAUGUGUCUCCUCAAUUUCCGAUGCUUGACAUGCGUAAAAUGCUUUGUUGGUGAAGGGGUGAUGGUUGCUGUAUAAGCAAACAUUAACUCAGUUAAAUGGUACACAUUGGGUCAGCUUGUGUUGGUCACAUCGACUAUGUAAGUGCCUUUUGAGUGCAGUCACUUCACAUCUCUCCCUUUAAAUAUGAUUGUGUUUCGUGGCUACCCCACCUUUACUGUGCGGGGUAGUUUCAACUUCACUAACCUCUUCGAGAAGGAAACAAAAGAGGCAAUAUUGUCAUGAUAAUGCAGCCAAACAUCAGGAUGUAGGCUAGUGAAGUUUUUGAGUUUGUUUGCUUUGUUUUCAGUCCCAAGUUUUUAGUUUUAUCUGUCGUUCAGUUUUUAGCUUUGUUUUCAAUCGAAAAUGUUAUCUGUCGUUCAGUUUUUAAGAUUCUAAUCUAGCUAUUUUUAAGUUUUUAUGGUUUCUGUAUGUCUAACUGUGUGACUGUUCUGUUCAUGGAUGACAUUGCAGAUAGAAGGAUGGCUGACUUUUAAAAAAAUAACAGGUAUUGUGUACAUCUAGCAUGUAAAAUACAAUGUAUCUACAACACAUCGCUUGUAUUCACAUCCAUGACAGUUCAUAACUGUUCAGUCUUUUCAUAGAAGUCGAAGCAGUUUUGUAUUGUAUUGUAUUAUGUUGUAACACUGUGUCUCGUUAUUGUCCAUUGUUAGGAACUGACCUUAACGCCUGUUUCUCUUUAUGUCCUUUUGAGAGCUCUUUGUCAAGAUUUUUCACCUGUCUGACUAUAUGCCACAUACAUAAGCAUUUACCUGGUAAUACUUCACUUAACAGUGAGCUGCUUAUUUGCGUUUCUUGAGAAGCCAUCCAUUUGUUUUGAAUGUGCUAUGUAGAUUGCCGGCCGCCUUUUUUUUUAUUGAUUGGCAUUGUUUUUUUAUCAUGUUUCUUUGUUCUUUUUUCACACCAUGGGAAUCAUAAACCACUAAUGUUGCCUUAGUAAGUGAAUACAUUGAGACCUCAGGUCUGAGAGUUUUCAUUUUGGAUCAGUCCUUAAGAAUUGUGGCUUUCGCUGAAUUAAGAAUCAAUGUGUGUUUCCUCUAUAGCUGAACGUGUUGCCAAAACUAUUAGGCCUUUAAUCCCACUGUGUGUUGGAAUACAUAUUAGUAGAUUGAGUGCAUUUUCACAGGCAAGAAUACAGUUUAGCAGCUACAGUAAGAAAUGCAUAUUAGACGUUAAGAACACUCAAGGUGUUGUCCGCUUCAUCAGGGUCUUUGAAUGCCACAAUUUUGUGGAAAUAUCAUCUCUGUGCACUGUAAAAAUUAAAUCGUUCAAGUGUAAAGUCCUCUGAGGAACCUUUAAGUUCUGGGAAGAAGCUCAAGGUCCUUCAGAACCUUUUAGGGGUUCUUCCAGAGUGGCAAUGGAAGGCUCCUCAAAGAACCUGUGGGUUCCUGGGGUCUCUUAAGAACCUUCAAGAAAACAACAGGGUUAUAAUAAAUAAAAUUAAAAAAAACGAUUUGUCACCUGUAGUUUGCUCUAAAAACUUUUGGGUUCCUCAGACAACUUGGGAGGUUCACCCACAGUGGUGGACUGAAAGUUAUUUUGGGAAUUUUACAUUUCUACGUUGUAAUAGAUUAAAGUAUCACAUGAUCGUCACAUUCACCAAUAAAAAUACUCACAACAAGUGCCCUCCAAAUGGCGCUCAGGCAGAAAUCGGAGAUCUUAAGCAGUGAGUUACGUUUACUAGUUUGUAUUUCUACCCACUGGUGUCUACCUCUGAGAUCAUUAAUAACUGUGCAGCAAGUAAUUGGUUUUAGGCUGUUGUUUCAGUGGGUAAGUGAAGCCUGGUAGUUUAAAGUAGGGUCUGGUGAUUUCCGGGGGAAAAAAAUACUUCAGUUGCUUGUGGAAGCCACGUUUUGAAUCCCCUGGCCUUGUUAUUUAAGGCUGGAGCGUGUAUAUUUUAGAAAUUAUUAACCAUAGCUGUAAAGACAUGAGGUUGUAGCAAGCAAUCCAUGUGUCGAUGCAUUUAUCUGUAACUUUCCAAAGUGUGGUAUUAUAAUAAAAACAAAAUAUGUACCAGUUCCUCCUGUAUAAUUCAAUAAAUGUAUCAAUCUAUUUCAAAA